UUUUGUCUGGAUAAUUAAUUAGUCUUAUCGGAAGACUACGCCAGACACAAACCGUCGAAACGUUUAUAAAACUACGAAAAUGCUGCGAACGAAAAUUCACAUAGUUCUAAGUGCAAUCGGUGUAUUUUUAGGAUUGUCAGCAUUUAUAUGUUUUUGCAUUGUUUACGCUAACAUAGAGGCUGGAAUGUGGGCGUUAUUAUCCGGUAUCCAUGCUGGCUUGACCCUGAUGCUGCACUGUCACUACCUGAAGGACUCGCUCCAUGUCAACUUCUCCCGCAAGGCUCUGCAAUACAUCGGGGACUUCGGCAUGUUUGGUCUCAUUGCUGGAACAGCACUUACGCUGUUCUAUAUUUUUCUGGAGAUCUAUAACAGAGCUGAUGUAACGCCAAUAGACACCAGCAUAGUAAUCCGGAUGGUGUGGUCGUUCAUGAUGAUGAAGUGGGGCGGGAUGCUGUACUACUUCACCAGGUCCUACUUGCGGACAUACAACGACCAUCAGCUGUUCUCGGAAGCUCACAUUGAGGAGACGUAAGCAUGUGAGUGUUUUUAGGGAGUUGGUGUUUUUUUUUUCA